AUGCCAUUGAAUAAUAAAGCAACCUCUUCCAGCGAUUUUGUUCCGUAUCAACAACCUCCUGUUAGUCGUGCCAGAGAUUUACCUUUGCCUAAAAGAAGGAACAAGAACAUCAAAUGGGAGAAAUCAACUGAAUACAAGUCAAUCAAACAGAAGAAGAGUAAAACAAAAGCCAAACCAAUAGCCACCACAACACUUGAUGCCACAGCACCGCCUUUAUCUUUGUCCAUAACCUCAGAAAGUGCCGCAUGUAACACUGACUCUUGUCAAAUGGAUUCAAUAGCAGUGGAUUCAUUGGACGAGGACCAUGCAAUGCUGGUGGCCGCGUUGGUAGCUUACGAUCCAUUGAUUGCUUUAGUACUGAAUGCCAAUAGCCAUUAA